UAUAUUCACACAAUUCGUAUAUAGAAGAACAAGUCACGUGCGUCGCUCUGUUGCGAAUAUAUCUUAACAAAAUUUACUUCGAAAUCGUGUUAUCAGAUAAUCUCUCCGUUAGACAUUGUUUUCACGGAUAUCUCAUUUCCAAGAACUAUACCCAUCGCGUUUCGUAAAUAUCGAUACAAAUCUUUGACCAAAUUCGUCAAACCGAGUACUAACACGAAUAAUAUAUGAAACACGGCGCAAUAGGCGACGCAUAUUUCUUUCGCAAUCGAUUGCUGUUAAUAACGUAUCAUACCAGAUCGAGAUCGUCGAAUAGAGAUCAUUCGCGAACGAUUCGCGACCUAAGAAUCGCCAGAAGCAGAAAAAUUCCCAUCUAGAUAAAAAUGUCCAACAACGAAUAAAAGAUAAGCAAACAGUUCGACGCUUCGAAUGAAAAUCCGUAUUUGAUUUUUAGCACGAAAUGUUUCGCGAUAAAUAGAUCAAAAAUCAAGCUAUCCGAUCGAAUAAACGUCGCGAAUCGAUUGUUACGAGGUGCUCCUAUUCGUGAUCUAUAUUUAAUGGAAAGAAAUUUCGCUGAUUCGCGGGUUGUGCGUUCGAAAGGUAAAUAUACAAGUUGCGUCUCGCGCGCCCGGAGACAAGCCGUGGCAGAGAGACAGCUGCUCCGAUCGAAGGACAUGAAUAGGAGGGUGGAAGGGAGAGAGGAAGAAAGAGAAAAAUACGAGGCCGAAGCAAAGGGAGAACACCAUAAACAUACAAGAUCGGAUUGGUUCUGCUUUCUCCUUUGUCUGCUGGAUGGAAACAUGUUAUAACACGGUCAGAUUGCUGUUAAAUAGACUCUGUAAAUUGUUGUAUGUAUUUUCUCGUUGCGCGGCUUUUCCGUUCCGUGUCGCGAACGUAUCGGUGGGAUCGGAAUUUUGGCGCCGUACCGUACACCGACGCGACAUCGGCUGACAGCGUUAAAUGGUUAUGUUAACGCGGCGUACUCUUCGGUACGCGUUUCAUCGUAACAUGUCCCCGUAUUUUCAUUCCAUCGGUCGCUUUACUUCUCUGUCGCGCGAACCUUCCGAUUUCUUUCAUCGAAUUCUCGUACGUUUCCUCCGUUUCCUCGUCGUCAGCGACGCGAAGCCAAGGUUAUUUAUCCUGUGCGUCUUUUUCGCUGUAUUGUCAAAAUCAGCUGCCAUUGCUAUAGCGUGCUAAUCUGCUUGUUCGUCGCGGUCUCCUUUCCUUUCACCCUUUCUGUUUUCGUUUUUUUUCAAUGAAACCGCGUCCGCUGUCUACGAAAUUUCAUUCAUAAUCGACGAAUCUCGCUAUCCUCGCCGUUCGUCGAACCGUACGCGGCAGGUUACUCGUUUCUCGUUUAGAGCGAGCGGACCUGGAUAUCGCAGCGUGUAUCUAUAUUUUAACGAAAGCAACCACUUGUGGUAAAGCACAUUUGUUAAUUACCAUUGAGAGAAGCAGGUGCAAAGUGAUUUACAACAGGGUGGAAAAUAGAAAGAGUCGAAGUGAGGGUUAAGCGUGAUAGCAGUAAAUGCAGUGGUUGAAGGAGAAAUGGACCCAUCAAUGUUUGUUGCAUACACCCCUCAAACAAACGGCGUUCCACUGGAGUCCAAGCUUGCUACCUACAUGAAUCGUCAAAGCCCAGGGGUAACUCUAAGUACCACCGCCGUUACAAAACAUUUGUCGAACCUUUCUCUGGAUUCGCAAAAAAAGGUAACUGCCAGUCCAGAAUUUGUACCUGGAAGGAGUCUAACUAGUAGCAACAGCAGUUCUCCAAAUCUUUUCAAUAAUUCUUACCAUUCGCAAGAGAAUGUGGGCGGUACUACUUAUUUUUACCUUGGGAAUGCUGCGACCGAUACUGUUGGAGCCGAGGACGGAACUGAAACUAUCGCAAAUGUGGGAGCAGGUCAGGUAGGCUUUGUCUAUCCAGGUACACCUGCGCAUCUUCAGCCAGUGAAACCGGCGAAACCUCCGUCAUCCAAUAGCUCUUCUGCUCCUUCGACUCCACCACCUCAAGCAACGCCUAGCUUCUUUGUCAGUGAAAGUUUACGAAUGGACAUUCUUCAGAAAAAUGCGUUAACGUUAGCACAACCCGAUAUAGUACGAUUUCCCGACUUACCGAACGAGGUAGAUAAUUAUCAUGAGCUGUGCCCGCUAGAACCAAUCCAUAAACCUGCCUCGACAAUGCUUGGAUAUCAGACAUCAACGUACAAAGCUACCAGCAUUAAAAGUGGUACGCGUUAUUGUUUACGUCGUAUACAUGAUUUCAGACUUGCCAAUACGAAAUGUAUGGUGCUGGUGGAUAUGUGGAAGCGAUUAUCGCAUACCAACUUAGUGCAGUUACGAGAAGUUUUCACCACCAAGGCCUUUGGUGACCAUUCCAUGGUAUUCGUUUACGACUAUCAUCCUGGUUCGGAGACGUUAUUAAAUAAGCAUUUCUCAGCUACUAAAUUGAAUGGAUACACGGAUCCAUUUUCCUCGGACCCUAAUGCUCCCAGACCUUAUAGUCAUACUAAAAAUACCAUUUUGAGACAGCAACAUAGCAGUAUGUUACCAGAAAGUGUCAUAUGGAGCUACAUAAUCCAACUCACCGCUGCUCUUCGCGUCAUACAUGCUGCUGGUUUGGCAUACAGAUGUUUAGAUCCUACGAAAGUGUUGCUGACGUCGCGUACAAGACUUCGUUUGAGUUGCGUGGCUAUACCGGACGUGGUUACGUUCGAUGGAAAUGCAGCAAAUCCACUUUCGCUCAUACCACAUUAUCAACAGGAAGAUUUAAUCGCCCUAGGAAAAUUGGUGUUGGCUUUAGCAUGUCGCAGCCUCCUUGCCGUCCAUCGCGACAAUAUGCAAGCCUCCCUCGAGCUCGUUGCCCGCUCUUACUCCACGGAUCUUCGAAAUCUCAUUCUGUAUUUACUUUCUAAUCAAGCACGAAGAAGUGUAACCGAUCUCAUGCCAAUGAUAGGAGCGCGAUUUUAUACACAGUUAGACGCGGCUCUACUUCGAUCAGACGUGCUGGAGAAUGAACUUGCCAAGGAGCUGGAGAAUGGACGAUUAUUUAAGUUACUUGUAAAAUUGGCUACCAUUAACGAAAGACCUGAACUUAAUAUGGAACCCACGUGGGCAGAGACGGGUGACCGAUACAUGCUCAAAUUGUUUAGGGAUUACGUUUUUCAUCAGGUUGCAGCGGAUGGGAGACCAUGGUUGGAUAUGGCACACGUUGUAUCUUGUUUAAAUAAGUUGGAUUCAGGUUCUCAGGAUAAGAUAUGUUUGAUGUCACGAGACGAACAAAGUGUGUUAGUAGUAAGUUACGCAGAAUUACGGCAAUGCUUGGAAACCUCAUUUGGAGAACUGGUACAAUCUGCAAAAGAUGCUGUCUAGGUCUGUGUCCUUUCUUUUCUUUUUUUUUUCAUCAACCGACCAGACAGUACAUACUCCGAACCAUAAAUGUGAUAUCACCACUUAGCGGUACUAUCAUUUUAAUUUUUAUCGAGACAUAGGAGAGUGAGAUUUUGGCCCGAGAAUUCUGUUCGGUGAUAAGAAAAUGGUACAUGAUCCAGUUUGUAAGCAUGAUUUCGAGUCGAAUCAUUAGAUACGCGCAGAAUACAUUCUGGCACUGCCAUUUGAAUGUAAUAUAUAUAUAUAUAUGCGACAUGCUAUAUAUAUAUAUGUGUGUGUGUGUACAAGGAGAUCAUGUGAUGAUACAAGCCAGAGAAGUGUAUGAAUUUUGCUGCGGAAGCUAUUACGGUACUAUACUGAAAAUGAAACAAUUGUACACGACUUAAUAAUGCAAUGAAGUCUUAAGAGGUCUUAAGAACAACACCUAAACACAAUCGGUGUAUAGGUUAGAUCUUAGUUUUUAGGGUACAGCUGGUAAGCAUUAAUUUUGAAAUAAAUGUUUAUUUUUGAAAGCAAUCUUAA